UUUUGAAGACCGGUGUCACGGUUAAGUCCGCUUUUUCUUCUUCGUACUUCUUCUUCUGCGGAAAUAGGUUUUGCGCAUGUGCGAGUACAUUCCAGAGAUUUCGCUACGGAGUCCAAAACACAAGAGAAAAAUCCUUUCCAUACCGAGAGUACGUGACAACACUGGUGUUUUGUGAUCCACAGAGUGCUGAAACAUCCCUGGACCUCAUUCAUCAAACAAUCGCUCUUCAUCUUGGACGGCUUGUCUCAGCCACAGUCAUGGUGUGCAUUCCCUGUAUUGUGAUUCCUGUCCUGUUGUGGGUCUACAAGAGGUUCCUGGAGCCUAUCCUAUAUCCCUUCAUUUCACCAAUUAUUAAUACAUUCUGGACCAAAAAAGCAGUCCAGGAGACUGGCACUAGUGACCAAAAAGUUAGUGAAAAGAGUAAUGGGACAUGCAAGCCUGAAAGCAACGGUGAGGCCACUGCCAACGGAUCGACUAUAGCAGCAGAUAAGAAGACAGACUGACAGCUUCAAAUGUUUAUAAUGCAUCUAAAAAAGUGUAAAUAUUCCAUUGAUAUAAUAUAGAUAAAUUAUGAAUUAACUUAUCAGUCUUCUUUGAAUAGGAUGGCUUUUAUAACCUUCCAACAUUGUGAUUAAAUUUUAGAUUUUUUUUUCAUUUUUAUUACAGUAAAUUUAAGAAAUUGGUAAUUGUUGUUAUAUUUUCCCCGUUAGUCGUUAAAUGAUAUAUGCCUUUACUUUAUUGAAUAUUCAGUCUCAACUGAAUAGAUUUUUUAAAAGUCAAACUCACAGUUUAAUGACUCAAUAAAACAGAACCUUCAAAUUAAAAA